AUGAAGAUUAAUGAACCUCAUACGUCAACGUUUAAUCCGGCGUCGUCGUCGUCGUCAGUGACAGCGCCACUAAUAAGCACUUUCAACUCAUUCAGCAUUGACGAUCCAUUUGCCAACCCAUUUAGUGAUGAUAAACCACAAGAGGAAGUGGAAGAAGAAGAGGAAGAGAAACAGGAAGGUUUUCGAGAGCAAAAACAGGAGCAAGGGCAAGAGAAACAUAAUGAAAAUAAUGAGCUUGAGGGGGGUGAACAGGAUGACGACUUUUUCAAAGCUGGUAAAGUAAAUGGUGCUUCGGACAAUGGUUUGUACUCACCCAGAAAGCACCAUUUGCAAAGCCAAAUAUUAUCAGAGCUAACUGAAGGAUCAGAUUCAUUUGAUUUGGAACAAUCGUUGACCAAACCUACUGCAUCGAAAAACAUUCUGAAGUCAGAUCAAUUGUUUUCAGACAAAGAUUCACCAAUUAAACUAAGCUCAAGUGAUCAAUCUUCAAUCAGUUCACCUUCUUCAGUGGGACCAAUUAAUUUGAAAAAAUUUAAAGCCAAGAGACCAAGAAGGUUUGAUUCAAAGACAAAUGUUCAACAUUUGAAAGGUGAGCUGGAAAAUGUCAACUCGAAUUUAUUGGGGCCAUUGACUUUUGAAAAUAAGCAAAAAAGGGAUAAAGAAGAAGAAAAAGAUGUGGGAAACCAAGGAGCACAAAAAGAACCAACAGAAUUGACUACUGAGGCGAUUGGAAAUCAAAUGGGGACUAUACAUGAAGAGUUACAAGGCAAUAAGAAAAACAGCAAUAACUCUCCAUCAAAACAAAAGACUACACCAAAAAAUACAACAAAAAAUACAGAAACAAAUUCAUAUGCGGAAGCACCACUGAAGAAUGAUAAUCAACUUGAAAUCACUGUUGGUGACCCUAUGAAGGUUGGCGAUAUCACUACCGCGCAUAUCAUGUACACCAUUAAAACACGCAACAAGAACCUCGACUCACCAAAUUUCCCACAAAUCAAGGAAGUUUCCGUGCAAAGACGUUAUAGCGAUUUCAGGUGGUUGUUUCAUCAACUACAGGCAAAUCAUCCUGGUAGGAUAAUUCCACCUCCUCCGGCAAAGCAAAGCCUUAUUGGCAGAUUUAAUGAAAAAAUUAUUGAACACAGACGAUUAUCCCUCGAAAAAAUGUUGAAUCAUAUUAACACUAAACCGUUGUUGUGUAAUGACCCAGACUUUGUUUCGUUUUUGACGAAUGAGAACGAAGGUCAUGCAUUUGGCGAUGCAAGCUUGGACGAAUCAGCAAUUCAAGACGGCCACAGUAGUGUUUCUUCAUCUUUUACCACACCCACUUCAACAACAACAACAACGACGACCACGACCACGGCCACGGCUGCUGCUAAUGCCGCUAAUGCUGCUGCCAGUGCGGCUUUUGCCUCUACUGGGUUUAUGAGUUCGUUAUUCUCACUGUCAACAAAGUAUACAGAACCGGACUCGUAUUUUACGAAAAAGAAGCAGUAUUUUGAUGAUUUGGAGUAUAAUUUGAAGCAACUUUUGAAAACCCUUGAGCUAAUCGGAACACAAAGACUGGACUUGCUGAAUAUUUGGGAAGAGAUUGCCAUCACCAUGGAAGAGUUGGCUGCAGUAGAAAUCACAAAGAGUACUAGCGAUUUAUUCAAUGCAUUUAGUCAAGUGCAAUACCAUAUAAAGGAUAAUAUCGAGAGACUCAACUUGUCUGACCAACUUACAAUGGGGUUCACAGUAGAGGAGUAUUUGAGAUUAAUUGAUGCCAUUAAUUACACGUUCAAGACCAGAAUAAAAAUCUUUGAGCUGCUAUCUUCUUUGAAUGCCCAAGUAGACAAAUUGUCUAGGAAACUGUCGUUGCUGCCAGAAAAGUCCUUUGAAUUAGAGAGGAUGAAAGAACGCCAAUCUAGUUUACAGAAGGACUUCAAUGAAAUAAGCAAUACUAUCAAGCUGGAAUUGGACGAGUUUGAAAUGACCAGAAUUGAUGAUUUCAGAAACAAUGUUGAGAUAUACAUUGAAAAUGCUAUUGAGUCGCAGAAGGAAGCUAUUGAAGUUUACGAAACAUUCUAUAGUCGGUACAUUGCUGUUGAUAAUGAGUAA